UUCUCGCAUCUACUGCCGCUGUCUUUAGUGGAUAUCGUCACCUUCCAGAUAGCCGCAGCUCGAUACUAUUUGGGUUAUUCCGGCCAUCGCGCCGAGGUUGGGUUCGGCCAUCGAGCCGAGGUUGUUCCGGCCAUUGAGUCGUUGGGUUUCACUCUGUGUAUCUCUUAUGAUUACGAGCUAUCUGUGUUAUCCGGCCUGCGUGCCGCGUAUCGGCCUACGAGCCAUUAUGUCUCGGCCUACAUGUCGCUUUUCGGAUCCGGGACCACGACGACUUGAUCAUUAGCUCGACCAGCUCAUCCAUCCAUCCGAGGGCGCCCCCCUGGGCCAGGGUACGUUCUCGUACCUUUUCUGCAUUCAGUUAAUUAUGCUAUAUUAUUAUGCGGUUAUUUAUAUGUCUGUGGGAUUCGCCUCGAGCACCGAGGUACCAGAGACCGGGGGCGACCCGGUCGCUGGAUACAGGUACAGUUGACCGGAGGAGGACUUCUGACGAUCUGGUCAACGUAGAGGACAGAUCAUCGACCGGGUCAUGGGGAUGCGGUCAACCUUCCAGACACGUCACACCGGCAGGGAGAGGAGAGGUGCCAUCACCUCCCAAUUGCUCAGCCAUGGCAGAGUUAAGGGUGUCCAAGAAGCACCACAAGCACGUCAACAGCCCCUUCCCUUGCACCCCUAACUGCCUGCCUUUCAUCCAUGGAAGGCUCUCCUUCAAUCCUUGCGUGCUUUUGCGAGACCAGAGUUUCUGUAUCGGGGAUGAUUUCCAGCUUUUCUGGAGUACUAAAAAUGGCGGCCAUCUUUCCAUCUCGCACCGAUCUCAGUGGAGCAGAAGCGUAUGGUCUACAGUCCGUGGGAAGGCCUUUGUUUCGGCCGCAGCAGUUCAAACUCAUGCCGAGGAAAGCAGAGGUUCCUUUGCUAUCCAUGACGGCGACGCUCACUUCAUCUGCAAGCACCAAACAGUAGAAGCAAUAAGAGUCGUCUGUGAGGCAGAUUUUCAAAAGAAGGCUAACGAUUUUGAUCCCUUAUUUGGGUUCCCAACUCCUGAGUUGCUCGAGAAAUCCCAAUCCCCCAUUCUGAUGAUCACAGGAAGGGUCUUCAGCCAGAAGACCAACUCAAUUGCUAAGAAGAACUCGGGGAAGAAAAGCUUCAAAUUCGGUCGUUCCAGGAAAUCUUCACUUACUGCAAGGUACUGGCUUCUGUUUGAGCAGAAGAGUAAGAAUCAAAUUGGAUUUCAUCUGAAGUUUGGUGAAUACGAUAAGAAAUGCUGCCCCGGCAUCAUGUACAGAGCAAGUACAAAGAUCUCCAGGUGGAAAUUAAUUCGAACGAGGCGCCCGUGGCACGCCUGCACGUCAAGUAAUAAAAGUUUUGUUGCACUCGCAUCGCAUGAUGAACAAGAGGGAAAGAAGGGGGUGACUACGGAGUUCAACAAAGUUUUUAUCACACAUGCAAGCGAUGAACAUGAGAGAUUUUACGGGUUUGGGGAGCAGUUUUCCCGCGUUGAGUUCAAAGGAAAGAGGGUGCCCAUACUCGUGCAAGAGCAAGGCAUCGGAAGAGGAGACCAACCCAUCACCUUUGCUGCCAAUUUGGUCAGUUACAGAUCUGGAGGUGACUGGAGUACGACAUACGCCCCUUCUCCAUUCUACAUCACCUCGAGAAUGAAAUCCCUCUACCUUGAAGGGUACAAUUAUUCAGUUUUUGAUCUAACAAAGCCUGACAGGGUACAGAUUCAGGUACAUGGCGAUUCUGCUCAGGGGAGAAUAUUGAAUGGGAAUUCACCUGUUGAACUCAUUGAGCUUUACACAGAGGCCAUAGGAAGACCUCCUGUACUUCCAAACUGGAUUAUUUCAGGGGCUGUCGUUGGGAUACAGGGAGGUACUGAAGCUGUCCGCAGGGUGUGGGAUCAAUUGCAAGAAUACGAUGUUCCUGUUUCAGCAUUUUGGUUGCAGGAUUGGGUUGGCAAGAGGGAAACUGUAAUUGGAUCACAACUUUGGUGGAAUUGGGAAGUUGAUGAAAGCCAUUAUGUCGGAUGGAGAGUGCUAAUCGAUGAUCUUCUUGCUCAUGAUGUUAGAGUGAUGGCAUACUGCAAUCCUUGCCUUGUUCAGACUGAUGAAAAACCAAACAAAAAAAGGGACCUGUUUGAAGAAGCAAAGAGAUUAGACAUUUUAAUAAAAGACAAAACUGGAAGAACAUACAUGGUGCCAAACACUGCUUUUGAUGUCGCAAUGUUGGACUUCACCCACCCAGCAGCGAGUAGUUGGUUCAAGAAGAUUCUGCAUGAAAUGGUGGAUACUGGAAUAAGGGGUUGGAUGGCAGAUUUUGGUGAAGGAUUGCCUCUAGAUGCUUACCUAUACGCAGACGAAGACCCUAUUCAAGCUCAUAACAAAUAUCCUGAACUUUGGGCUAGAGUCAACAAGGAAUUUGCGGAUGAAUGGAAAUCGAACAGUCGUAUAGAGGGGAGAGAUCCAGAAGAAAGCCUGGUCUUUUUCAUGCGUGCAGGUUUUAGAGGUAAUCCCAAGUGGGCUAUGCUGUUUUGGGAAGGUGAUCAGAUGGUAAGUUGGCAAGCCAAUGAUGGAAUAAAAAGCAGCGUAACAGGCCUGCUCAGCAGUGGAAUUUCAGGUUUUGUCUUCAAUCAUAGUGAUAUAGGAGGCUAUUGUGCAGUAGAUAUGCCUAUUAUCAGGUAUCGGAGAAGUGAGGAGCUUCUCAUGCGAUGGAUGGAACUGAAUGCAUUCAGUGUAGUAUUCAGAACACACGAAGGAAACAAGCCAGCCUCAAACUGUCAGUUCUACAACAACAAGAACACAUUAUCUCAGUUUGCACGCUGUGCCAAGAUCUACCAAGCUUGGAAGUUUUACCGUAUUCAACUAGUAAAGGAGGCAGCAGAGAGAGGCAUGCCUGUUGCUAGACAUUUGUUCCUGCAUUAUCCAGAUGACAAGCAUGUGCAGAGCUUGACUUACGAGCAGUUCCUUGUUGGGACAGAGAUAAUGGUAGCACCUGUGCUAGACAAAGCCAAAAAGGAAGUCAAGGUUUACUUCCCUUCAGCAGCAGCAGAAGGUGGGUGUUCCUGGCAGCACAUUUGGACAGGAAAGAUCUUCACCGGGCCUUUCAAUCAUCCAGGGCAUGUGCAAGGGUACGAGGCUCGGGUUGAUGCUCCCAUUGGCUACCCAGCUGUGUUUGUAAAGCGUGGCUCUCAGAUUGGGGAAGAAUUUCUAAGUAACCUAAGAGCUCUUAAAGUUUUAUGAGCACUAGCUAAUUCAUUGAAGAAGAUUGUUCCAUUUUCAGAUUUAAGUUUUUGGACAGAAGACAGAUUGUGUGAGAAUUUAGAGAAGAUUAGGAGCAUUAGUAGGAUUUAAUUCAUAUGAAUGGAGAAGGUGAGAUUAUUUGAUGAAGGAAAUGAAGAAGAGAAGCUUGGAAGGCAUGGAGUCGACCAACGUUCUCCAAACUCACUUUAAGAG